UGCGCUCUCAUUGCUCGCCGCCGUUUCAAAUUGCUGCUGAGGCUUGAGGCCCUUUGACUGACGUCCUCUUCACCUGGGGUCGGCGUGGGAGCGAUUCACCCAGCGGCCGUACGGCACUUAUUUCUUCACUGCCAAAAUGGCAUCACUUUCUACCUCUGCCCAGUGUUCAACAUCUGACAGUGCUUGCAGGAACUCUCCAAGACAGAUGAAGCAGGUGCGACCAAAGCUGCCACUUCUGAAGAUUUUGCAGGCAGCAGGUGCACAAGGUGAUAUAUUCACUGUUACCGAGGUCAUGCAUUAUCUAGGCCAGUAUAUAACAAUGAAGCAGCUCUAUGAUCCGCGGGAGCAGCAUAUGGUAUAUUGUGGUGGAGAUCUAUUGGGAGAACUCCUAGGAUGCCAGAGCUUCUCUGUGAAAGAUCCGAGCCCUCUCUAUGCUAUGCUAAGAAAGAAUCUUGUCGCUUUAACCACUGCUACUGCAGAUGCUGCUCAGACUCUCGCUAUCGCAAAGGAUCAAAAUCUGGAUAUUCCAACUCAAGACCGUCUGAAGCAAGGUGAAGAGGAAAGUUCCAGUUCCAGGAAAAGUACUGAAGAAGGCAAUACUCCCACACUGCCUACCUCACAGUACAAAUGCACAAAUUCUAGAGAAGAUGAAGACUUGAUAGAAAAUUUAACCCAAGAUGAGACAUCUAGGCUGGACCUCGGUCUUGAGGAGUGGGAUGUGGCCGGCCUGCCUUGGUGGUUUUUAGGAAAUUUGAGAAACAAUUACACACCUAGAAGUAAUGGCUCAACUGAUUUACAGACAAAUCGGGAUAUAGGUACUGCCAUUGUUUCAGAUACGACAGAUGACGUGUGGUUUUUGAAUGAGUCAGUAUCAGAGCAGUUUGGUGUUGGAAUUAAAGUUGAAGCUGCUGAUACUGAACAGACAAGUGAAGAAGUAGGGAAAGUGAGAGACAAAAUGGUGAUUGAAGUGGGAAAAAAUGAUGACCUUGAGGACUCGAGGUCCAUAUGUGAUGAUACUGAUGUAGAGGUUGCCUCUGAGGAUGAGUGGCAGUGUACUGAGUGCAAGAAAUAUAACUCUCCAAGCAAGAGAUACUGUUUUCGGUGCUGGGCCUUGAGGAAGGAUUGGUAUUCAGAUUGUUCUAAGUUAACUCAUUCUCUCUCCACAUCUGAUAUUACUGCCAUACCUGAAGAGAAGGAAAAUGAAGGAAUUGAUAUCCCUGAUUGCCGAAGAACCAUAUCAGCUCCAGUUGUUAUACCUAAAGAUGUAUAUAGAAAAGAAGAACAUCCCAAACUCUUUGAUCCUUGCAGCUCGGUGGAAUUCUUGGAUUUGGCUCACAGUUCUGAAAGCCAGGAGACCAUAUCAAGCAUGGGAGAACAAUCAGCUAACCUUUUUGAACAGACAACAGUUACAGGAAACGUAGAGGAUUGCCGGAAUCUUUUGAAGCCAUGUAGUCUAUGUGAGAAAAGACCACGAGAUGGGAACAUUAUUCAUGGAAGGACGAGCCAUCUUGUCACUUGUUUUCACUGUGCCAGAAGAUUAAAGCGGACUGGGGCUUCAUGCCCUAUUUGCAAGAAAGAAAUUCAGUUGGUUAUUAGGGUUUUUAUAGCAUAGCUGAAUCAAUGAACUACAGAAAUAUUACCAGGCAAGGUCUUCAAAACAUCAGUAUUGAGCACCAUCUUCACUCAGUUUGACUCAUUUUUUUUUUUUUUUUAUUGAUAUAAACAUUGUGUUUCAGGACAUUUUUGCUUCUAAAUAUAUGGAAAUUGAGAAUGAGUUCUUUAGAACUAGAUCAUUAAUUUGGGGACUCAGCAUGAAAAGACAUGUUAAUCACUUCCUUCUCCCUUCAAGAUGAGGAUCUGCUGCCUGGCUGGUGUAGCUUGGUUGGAGGGGCAUCCUAUGCAUGUCCUAUGGUCAUGGGUUUGAUUCCAGGUCAGGGCACAUACCCAGGUUUUGGGUUCAAUCCCUGGUUGGCGCACAUACAAAAGGAAACUAAUCCUUAUUUCUUUCUCACAUUGAUGUUUCUCUCCCUCUCUCCCUUUUCUCCUCUCUCCCUUUUCUCCU